AUGUCAAGAUCAAGGCCAGAGAAAAAUCAAUCAAUAAGUGAACAAGAGAAGGAAACUUCAAAAAUAGAUGAUGCAUCAACAAAUCAAGGAAAUCAAUCACCUAAGAAAGACACAAGAGAGGUUGAACAACUACAACCAAAAAAGGAUGCAGCAGGAAAUCAAUCAACUGAAGAUGAGCCUCCAAAAGAGGCUACAGCAAAGGAUCAGCCUACACAACAAGUGAAGGCUAUAGCAGAGGAUGAGCCUCCAGCAGAGGAAGAGCCUCCAAAAGAGGAUGAGCCUCCAGCAGCCGUUGAAGAAACACAUUCAUACAUAAUGCAAAAGAAAAAAUUAAAAGUGUCAACUCAAGGAAUACUAAAAAAACUGACAAAAAACUGGAAAACUGCUCCUGUUAGCAAGGUCAUUGCUGCUAAAAAGGCCCUGCUACAACUGUUGAUACUGCUGGAAAAGCCACUGCUGCUGAAAUGGCCCCAGCUACAACUACUGAAAAGUCCUCUGCUGCAGAAAAAUCCCAUGCAACAAGUUCUGCAAAUGCACAACAGAAGGCCCCUGCUGAAAUUAAAAAAAAUCCUAUUAGGUGGUGAAGAAAUUGAGAUUGAGGAUGAAACAGAAGAAGAAUUGGAAAGACAAGAAGAAUUGCAAAGGGAUGAGGAGUUGACAAGAAUAUUGAGAGGUAUAAAACCUGUUGAAGAGUUAAAUUUGUCUCAAAAGAGUGAAGAAUCUUCACAAAAUUCAAAGCAACCAAGAAGGAAAAUGGUUGCAAGGAAAAAUCAAAAGAAAAAAGAAUUGGAAGAAAAUCAGAAAAAACAGGAAUAUGAACAAUCACCAGCAAGAAGAACAAGAAGUAAAUCACGAGAUGUUAAGUUGCCUGACAUAUCAGCUAUAGCAACAGCUGCUGCAGCAAUUGCUGAAAACCUACCAGCAGCAACAACACCCAAAAAACCUAGGCGUCCAAGGGUUGCAACUGCAGUUGCAGAGAAACCUGUUGAGAAAACAGGGCGUACAAGGGCUGCAGUUAUUGGGAAAGCAGGUGGUCAGAAAAGACCUGCUGUAUCAGCCAAAAGUCCUGCAAAAAAAAGAAAAGUCAUAGAUCAAGUGCCUUAUGAUGAACCAUCAGAGGAUGAAGAACAAGAAGAAGUCCCUGCAAUAAGUUCUGCUCCUGCAGAAAAGAAAAUUCUUAAAAAAGUAGAACAAAAAGACAGUGAGGAUCCAGCUUUUGAUGCUGAAAAAGAAGAAGAUGAAGAAAGUGAGGAGGUGGAAGUAGUUCAAGAAAAGAAAACAACAUUGAAAAAACCAAAAGCUGAAGAAAAAAGAAUGGUUCUGUAUGAGAGGGAACCAAUAAAAAAGAUUGUGAAGAGGAAAACUGAAUUUUCAGUGGCUAAAAAAAAAAGAAGAGGAGGAAGAAAAGAAUGA